GAACCAGAGUUUGUGCUUCGGCUUAUAUACGUCACCGGUUUCCAUGAUUUGAAGCAUAACCGUGUGACUUUUUGACAAGUAUUUCAUUAACUGAUCCAAUCAGCGCGUGAUCGCUGUCUGUUGAAAGCAGAGCUGUUUCAGCUUAAUUUACAACUUAUUAAAACCACUGGAGAUAAGUUUGUGUUAAAAUUACAACCGACAGACUUCGUUCACAAGUCGUGAUUACGGCAGAUUAAUGAAAAGAACUCGGGAGUCGUAAAGCGGGAAUGUUCAUCCUACGUAACGUGCCACGCCCCCUUCGUGAAUCAUUGGAUAAAGCGAUAGCGCCUCCAUCAGCGACGAUGACCUCAUCUAGUGCCUCGAAUAACCUAUAGCAACUCACCGAUGCGUUUGUAAAUACGCAUGAGAUGCUAGUUAUCUUUCAAGCGUCUGCAACGGAUGUAAAGCCGCGCCCGUCGAAGGAAUUGUGGGACAAUAAAUGACCGGCUGAUGCUGAACAGCCAGAGAGAUGGAAGAUGGAAACUGUCGAUUACACUUUAUUGGGACUUACAACGUUUAUAUUUGCAGCAUGGUGUUUUAACUGGUCUCUGCAUAUCGUAUCACUAAUUUACGGGAAAUGGAAAUUCAACAGGAAAUUGAACCCUGCUGUCCCGUUAGAGGAACUCCCAGGUGUGUCCAUCAUCAAGCCACUGUUGGGAGUUGAUCCACAUCUAUUUGAAAAUCUAGAAUCCUAUUUUAACAUUAAAUACCCACAGUAUGAGCUCCUAUUUUGUAUUCAAGAUGAAAUGGACGCUGCCAUCAUGAUCGUCCAAAGUCUUCUUAAAAAAUAUCCAAAUAUUGAUGCCAAAGUGUUUGUAGGAGGAAAGCCUGUGGGCAUUAACCCUAAGAUAAACAACAUGAUAUCUGGCUACAAGGCAGCUAAAUACGACCUGGUACUCAUAAGUGACAGCGCCAUCUACAUCUCCGAGGAUGCAGUGCUAGACAUGGUUUUAACACUGACAGAAAACACAGGCCUCGUCCAUCAAAUGCCAUACGCCUGCACAAGGAAGGGAUUUGCCUCACACAUGGAGAAGAUCUUCUUCGGAACUCAGCAUGCGAAGAUGUACUUGGUGGCCAAUCUUCUAGGGAUCAAUUGUGCUACAGGGAUGUCAUCGCUGAUGAGGAAAGAGGUGAUAGAAGAGGCAGGAGGACUCUCCCACUAUUCACAGUAUCUGGCAGAAGACUUCUUCUUGGCUGAGACUUUCCUCAAAAAGGGAUGGAAAGUUCGAAUAGCACACCAAACAGCAAAACAGAAUUCAGGAACAUAUUCAAUGCCAUACUUAUAUACACGGUUGACAAGGUGGGCCAAGUUACGAACAGCCAUGGUUCCUUCACUGAUUUUCUGGGAGCCGGUAUCUCAGUGUCUGGUGCUGGGCGUCAUGAAUGCUCUCUCUAUGUCCUACCUUUUCAACUGGACAGCCUCCGUCAUCUUCUUAGUGCACUGUUUGAUUUGGUUUCUCUUCGACUACAUACUAAUCAAGGUUUUGGAGAAAGGACCUCUUCCCUUCUCCAAAUUUGAAUUCCUGGUUGGUUGGAUAAUAAACGAGGUUACCUACUUCUGUGUGAUAAUUCGGUCUCACUGGGACUCCACCAUUGUCUGGAGGACAAAACGAUUCCGUCUCCGCUGGGGUGGUAUUGUUGAGGAACUCCACACUAAGCAAACAGUGUAGCAUAAUGGAAAGAAAUCUGGAUUUACUUCGUGCAAAACCAUUUUUUCAAUUAAAUACAAUUGAAAGGAGCUUCCAAAUUGAAGUAGUAUACAAUACCAUGGAAACAGUUCACCUAAGUUCAUCAGUUAAGACGUCAUUACCCCGUUACUAGAAUAGAGAUUUGUGCUUUAACCAGACAUAUCACAAACAUCAAAUGUUCAAGUCUAUGGAAUGGCUAACAGUAAAACAACAGCUGUAUUUUCAGUAUCCUAUCAUUAGGACUACGUUGUCAGUGUCCACAUCAUAGGGACAACAUUGUCAGUACCCAACCAUCAGGACAACAUUGUCAGUACCCAACCAUCAGGACAACAUUGUCAGUAUCCCAACCAUCAGGACAACAUUGUCAGUAUCCCAACCAUCAGGACAAUGUUGUCACUUUCCAGAUGAUCAGGACACAUUGUCGGUUUUACGAUCAUCAGGACAACAUUGGCGGUUUCCUGGUCAUCAUGACUACAUCGUCAGAUUCCCGAUCAUCAGGACAAUGUUGUCAGUAUCUCGAUUACCAUGGCAGCAUUGUCAGUAUCCAGAUCACUAUGACAACAUGAUAGCUGCGGCAACAUUAUCAGUGACCAUGGACUGAUGAAUUCCUAGAUGAUGAUGGGAUGCCAUGUUGAUGAAUUGAGAUGGUUUUCAGCCAGGAAUGAGAUUGUUGUCAUAACUCGAGACCAUUGAGAACAACUAGUCGAAGAAUUUCCAUCAGAAGAUGAUAUUACUAUUUUGAUAUCUAUUAAGAACCAUGUAUAAACUAAUCAAUGCAAUCAUGACAUUCAUUAACAUUUACAGCCAGAGAGAAAAGAUAAUUCUUAGGACUGGAUGGCAUUCUCUGGCAAUCAUAUCAGAGCCCUAUUACUGAGUAGCCAUAGCUAUCUAACAGCUUGUAAAAAUAGCAUGAUCUGGCUGUAUUUAUUUAUUUUCAUUUUUUCCUAUCUUAACAAUACAAACAAUUGUGGAUUUUGUGAAAUUUUAAGAUGUCUGCUUAUCAUUCAUUUAAAUCUUGACCAGUAUGAACUUCCACACCAUUCCUGUCUUUUUUUCUCAUAGAUGUUAACAUAUGUGAGUGCUUGGAAGUGGAGUCUGUCUCUAUAGCUACAUUCUGUGGGGUUACUUUGUUUAUUUUUUACUUGGUGAGAUUCAAGUUUGUCUGGUCUGUGCAGUAAGUACAGUGAACAUUUGUUUUUGACUUGGUGAGAAGGGAGAUUGGUCUGUGCACUAAGCACAGAGAACAUUUGUUUUGACUUGUUGAGAAGGGAGCUUGUCUGCUGAGUGGACUUGUUCGAUUGUUAAGUGUGUUUUUAAGUGACUGUUAUAUGUUUUAAAGGUGCUGAAAUGAGUAUACAUUUUAUGUGCAUGGCAGAAAGAUAAUUUUAAGUGAUAUUAACUUAACAUAUUUUUAAGAAUUUGCUUAUGUUUUGAAGGUGCAAUUUUUAUGUUGUCUUCUGUAUACUGUAGUUUCUUGCCAGAAAGAGAUUUGUUUUAUAUCGUAUACAUAGUGUUAUACCUCUAGUCCUCUGUCUUGCCAUCAUUGAUCUACAUUAUAUCCGUAUUGUCAAACGUGUUUGAUAUGAAUUUAACUUAUACCAGUUUAACUGAUAUGUCAGGAUUGGGUUUCACAACAGGUUACUUCCAGUAUAAAAUUUGAAAUAAUCAACACAAAAUUCAUACUGAUCAGAAAAUUGGUUGUACAAAAUAUUUUUCAUUUUUACAUCUUAUUAUAGUUUUAAUCAAAACAAAAUCACUAACUGGGAGAUACAGAUGUUACAGCUUGUACCCCAUUACACCCGUGUAGUUUUCUCUUUCUUUUUAGUAUUUACAUACAUCAAUCUUCAUCAUGUAUCAAGCUUAUAUAGACCACUUAUGAAGUGAAUCUGUUUGUAAAAGGUUGUUCACUUUUAAGAUGUACGGUUGUUUUUGACAUGUUGGCCAUCAUGGGACGAAACACCCUAUUUUGCACAAUACAUAAAUCUUGUAAGACUUAUCUCCCUUCCAUUAUUGGAUAAGAUCAGGCGAUUUUCUGGAACUGUGUUUUGAGGAAAAAAAUGAUAAGUCUUUGUAUAGAGCUUGAAGAAAAAGAUACAUUGAAUUUAAAAGGUAAUAUAUCUUUUAUUAGAAACAGAAUGUGUAACCUCUGUAUUAUUAUACACAAGAGGGUUUGUUAUAUCAAUCAUAGAUUUUAUUUCAGCACUGAAACACAUGACAAAUGUAUCAUUAGAUGUUUUAAAGAAUCUCAUAUUUAUUUCCUUUAGAACACCAUUCAGAACAAGUGUUUCUAUGUUAAUGACUAUAUUAGCAUGUCUAGUAUUAUUUAAACCUUCCCCUGUAAAGAUUUUCCUACCCCCUAUUGAUACAGAUAUUGAAAGUUUUAGCCUGUUUCGUUUAUUUCUAGUAUUAAAUAUUUUUGUUAUUUUUUUCAAAUCACAGAUAUAUCAACUCAAUAAUUUGUACUGACUACAAUAUUACCUUUGGUUUAUAAAAAAACACACAACUUUUGAAGAAUUCAUAUUUGAAAGUGGAAAAUAGUAUUUUAAUUUUUUUCACCUUUUUUUACCUUGAUUUUAAAGCUAAAUUGUGUGGGACCUAUUAUAAAAAAGUAUAAUGUUCAUUUAUAAAACUUAAACUGUUAAUUGUUAACUGUAUUUGAUAACAUUUAUGACAUUUGGUUUGAUGCAAUUUUUUCCAAAUCAGUAAACGUUGAUAUCAUUUCAUUUAAGAGAAGAUAUCUUUAGUGUUCCAAAGGAUACACAAUAUUUAUUCCACCAGUAUUUAAAUUAUCAGUCCUUGUGUCAACAGAAAAUAAAAAUAAAUGGUAGGAAAUAACCUGUAGAUUUGACAGAUACCUUGUUUGCUCCAAACCCUGUUGAUAUUAUUAAUGAGGGCUUUAAAGUAGUUCAGUGUUUGUUUUAGCCUCACUAUUUUCAAAACUACAUAUGACAAUCUCUUGUUGAUAAUCAGAAACAGAUGUCAUAUGUGGUCUUGGUGCUAGAUUUCAUCACAUUAUUAAUUAUGUUUGUAUUUGUAACUUUUUUAUACAUCAUUGAUUGGGAUAUUUUUAUACUUUAGGUCAUUCCCUGAUUUGAUUUUGUUCAUGUGUAUAAAAGGCUGUAGUCAUAUGUUCGUGCUGUCACUGCAUGACUUGUUACCAUGGUAACAAUGAUUAGUGGCAGACGUCAUUUUGUACUAUGUUGCAUGUAUUACUAUUUAUGUUCCCAUUACUUAGGCUGGUAGUGACGUAGCAGCUCAUAUAGCACUGUAAUUGAUGUGCCUUUGUACAUUUCAUUACGAUACAAAACCAGAUCAGCAGGAAGCCUUUCAACACUGAUGCCUCACUUUACAUAGAUGUGUAUAUUGGGCGAGAUUCCUCACCCUACAUUAUGUGUAGUCAAUGACGUGUUGCCUCCCUGUCAGAUCUCAUAUUUACAGAUUUUUGAUUAUAUUAUUAGCAAAAGCACAGGUUGUCUUGGUUUGGAAUUUGGUACAAAAUAAUUGAAAAAAAAAGUCUGUUAAUGAUUGAAGUAUUUUUUCUUUUCCCCAUUUAAGUUCUUAUUAGCCUGAUUAAUACUCAUUUUGAAUUUGAUUUCCUAAAAGAUUGGUUGAAAUGUAUAUAUACCCUAAUGAUUACACACAUGAGUUGAAUGUACUAUAAGGACAGUGACAUCUGAAUCCCCCAGAUGUUUGAUGAUAUAACAUUGUGGAGUGAUGUUAACGUAGAUUACUACCUCUAGCCACCCCUUCCUCGUUCAUUAGUCUAGAUAUACUUGUGCGAGUUGUACCUGAUUUAUUACUAUCUCCACAACCGACACAUCAUCAGUUUGUUUUACUUCAUUUUUUUUUAUUUUGUUACUUGUACUUAGUACAGCUUAUGAUCAUUUUUUGUUUAUUUUUAUCCUGAUGUUGAUUUUAAAUUGUAGGUCAUUAAACCUCUUCUGAAACAUCCCAUGUCAGAUUUAGAUAUUUUACAACCCAUGUUUAGUCAUACAUGUAUAACUGUUGUAUGAUGUGCAUGAUUUGUGUGAAUUAAAAACUGAUGCAUUGUAUGCAUAAUUGAUACUAUGUAUAAAAUUUCCACAAGAAUUUUACAGCAGGAACAUGAUUUUUAAUCAAGCCAAAUUUUAUUUUCUAACAGUCUUGAGAUUACAAUGUGGUUUUUUCAGGGUUUUGUCAGCUUUGUAAUGUUGCUAAAAAGUUUGGAGAAAUCAAUUUCUUCAUCUGUUGUAAAUGUCUUUCUUUAACAGCAUUAAGAGACCAAGUUUGAUUAGAUUGAAUAUAGUAUUUAAUUUCACUAUAAAAUGUUUUUGGUGUUUACAGUAGUUAAUUGGAAAACAGGAUUUUCAAGAUAACUUUUGUUUGCUAUUAAAUUGUCACGGAGCUUUUGAUUUCAAUGUAAAGUGAAAACGGACUGCUAAUAUGUCAUGGAAAAAAUAUAACUGCACAUAUUUUAGAUUCAAAAUGUGCAAGUUUUGUGCCAACAACAGAAUGUACACAGGUUUGAUUCUGGUAAUUUCUGUUAAGACUUUUAAAUGUGGGCCCAAUUGUUUGUGUGUUCAAGUUGACAGGCAGCACCACCUCCUGUCUGUUAGUGUUGACAGCCAGCAUCGCAGUGUGUCGGUGUGGAUGUAGAAAACCAGUAUCGCAGUGCAUCAAAGUGGAUGUUGACGGCCAGCACCACUGUGUCAACACUUCUGGUAUACAAUGGCAGUGGUGUGUGUACCAUACCAGGUGUUGUCCACAACUUAUACAGUGUCUUUGGUUUGUACAAGUAAAACUAUGGACUGAG